AUCAUAUUGGAGAGCGGAUAAUCGCAUAGAUACAACAUGGACUUUGCAAGAUCGUGUUUGUUGGUCUUUGCUCUCUUUGCCGCCGUUCACAUUCAAAGCGCUGUCGCAGGUCCUUCAGUGCUCGGUAAAAACUGCACGGCGGCUGCGGAUUGUUCAAGUAUAGCGAACGCUACUUGCACUAACAACAAAUGCGAUUGUACAGCAGCCUUCAAAGUGUCUGCUCAACAAUGCGCUCCAAAAGGAAUAGGCGAUAACUGUACGGCUAAUGCAAGUUGUGCUGCCGUGAAUCAUUCAACGUGCGAUAAAACAACCCAUAAAUGUGUGUGCCUUACGACGCACAAAACUGUCAAAGGACAGUGUAAAACGAAAGGACUAGGAGAUAACUGUAAAGCUAACAAGGAAUGUGCUGCUGUAAAUCAGUCAAUUUGCGAUAGUUCCACAAGUCACCAGUGUGUAUGUGCCGCGACACACAAAGCCGUUGGCGGUCUCUGUCAACAGAAAG